CUACUUUUGCUCUAGAGCUUUUUGGGAGAUCUUCACUUUAUUUUUAUUACAUUUUUUGUUUCAGGCAUAACCGUGCUAUUAUGUGCUACAUACUGUGUAGGACCUGCGCCGGUUAGCGGAUUAGACGAGAAUUCAGUAGACGAAGGGUUCUCGAAUAUCACAAAGGCAGAACCAAAUGGCAGGCCGGACGACUUGGUAUUCUACCAAGGAAUGGAGGGAACACCAGGAAUUGACUUUCCCAUCCUCUCAUACAUACCUAGGACAUCUUUUAGCUGUAAAGGGAUAGGAUCCGGGUACUAUGCUGACUUGGAGACUGACUGUCAGGUGUUCCAUAUCUGCGAAGAGGAAAAGAAAAUCUCCUUUUUGUGUCCCAAUGGGACCAUUUUCCAACAGUCGGAACUUAUAUGCGAAUGGUGGUUCAAAGUGAACUGCACUGAUGCACCACAACUGUACGAAGAUAGUGCCGAACAACUUCGAGAAGACCUGCUCCGACGAAAGUCUGCCCGGAGAGUCUCACCCGAUGGCAGCGAAAGAUUUCACGGUGCUGUGAUGAGGACCGAAGAAAGCUCCUCGGUCAGCGCUAAGCAAAACGGUCGAAUUCUGCCAACUUCAGCAAUCGAUGACAAGCAGAAUGGUACUCCAACUAGGCGAAGUGAUACUGAUAACGUUAGAAAACGUCAAAAUGAUAAUUAUAACAGUAAAUCUCCAAAUGGCAGAGUUUCGUCAAACCAAAACCUGUAUACGAGAAACUCAGAUCAGGGAUAUAAUAGUUUCAAUAAAAGUCCGGCUUAUAAUAAUGGACAGAAAGGUAAAGGUACAUUAAAUUCAAGAAAAUCAGAACCUCAGGAUCUACAUAGAGCAGAAUCAAAUAAUUUCAAUGGGAACGGCAGACAAAAUAGUAGAAAUCGGGAGCAAAAUAGUUCGAAAGGCCCUAACGAUUACAGUACUAAUCCAUCUAGUAAUUUUAGGUAUGACAAUGGACCUCGACCUAAUACUUUAAUUAAUAACCAGCGGGACAAGAAUAGUAGAAUUCGUACCUCAAGUGACUAUAAUAAUGAGUUUAUCAACUCUAGACGCACUUCAGACUUAGCAACUUCUGAUAAUCGUCAGCAUAAUCCAAAUUACAGCGUUCAAUCACAAAACAUAAACAGUAGUCGUAACAGUAAACCUGCCAUAAACUCAGUAACAGUGAAUAAGCCGAAAAUUCGCAGGUAUAACGAUGCGCAAACUGGCAAUACUUUAAAUGAUGUCAGUACUGCUACCGAGAGAUACUCUACAACAAAGCGUCCUUUGAACAAUUAUAAGGAAUACCACGUUCAGUUUUCAUCUACCAGCGUAGGUAGUGAUAGAGGCGUUAACAGCGUAUCCACAACAAUUGCACCUUUUAAGCAGUACACAUUUAGUCAACAACCAAAUGAGUAUCAGACAACAAAAUCGGAUUCUUUAUUGAACUACAAGAUAAAUAAAAAUAAUCCACAAUCAAGUACAUCGACGAGAGCUUUCGGUUAUUUAAACACACAAUAUCAAAGAAACAAUGGAUUUACAACAACGGUUGACAUGAAUAAUAAUUAUCAAUCUGUUCAGUCUGCGCCAGGGUCUAACAAUUACAGUAGUUAUAGGAGCAGUGUUCGUAACAGCGUAUCUUAUAGUCGCAGCAAUGGCCUUACAACUCCAACUCCAUCAACAACAACUCACCACUAUAGCCAAAGACCGAAAGUCGCUUCGAAUGAAUACUAUACCACACCUCCAACGUAUUCAGUCCUUACAACUACUCAGCAGAAUCAAUAUUUCACUGAUCAUAGUCGGAACCAAAAUUACUACUCAGAUAGUUCAAAUAUAAAUUCAAAUGAUAGAGGUACCAAUUAUAACACUGAGGCUAAAGCAGGCACAAGCAAUGAAGUGAGCGAAACUUUGCAGUACACUACACCCGGUGAUACCACCUAUCAAGAUUUUUCCCAAACUGUCAGUGACUUUACUUUAGCUGUGUCUAACACUGCAAACAAAAACGCACGAAAUGGACGAUACGAUUCGGAGUCUGCCGAUUCGGAUGAAGCUCAGAUACCACAAGAGUCCUCUUCUUUUGUUAAAAGUUCAUUUAAUACUAUCAAUAAUGAUUUGCAAAAAUCCUCAACCCCUAAUCCUUAUCCUAACCACAGAACCACAUACUCUGACUUAAAGCAACCAACUUAUCCCCCGAAAAGCAAUAAAUUUAUUUCAAUUUCAUCCGUAACUCCUCAAUACAUCACCACUCAGCCAAUCAAUAAGGGAAAACCGUUCUUAGGAAGUAGAGUGGGCACAAGGAUCCAUGUUGCUACUACAACUGAAAUACCAUUAUCCACUACUACCACAAAAACGACCACAACAACUAAAAAUGUUAUUAAGAACGCCUACAUUGCAGAGGAAAAUAAAAAAAUUGCACAGAUACUACUAGAUGCUGUCAAAGCUUCGGCAUCAGGUGGGCCUUCCACUCAAUCGCCUCCAAAGACUAUCAGUACUACUUACCGAUACAGCCAUAGUACUUCGAGUCCUCAAGAAGCAGAAUAUUAUUCAGCUUCUACUGCUGUUCCCGUAGAGCGGAUUACAGACCGAACUAUUGAUCAUGCUACUGUCUAUGGAACUUACCGUGACCAGAAACAAACGCCUGCACCUUUUAGAGAAAGUUCAAAUGGACUGCAGGUGAAGUUUGGUAAAAACUCUGACAGGAUUGCACUCACUUUGGGUAAAUCUCUCACAGGUAGCAGAAGUCAGAGGUACGAGCAUGGAGACGUGAAAGCUAGUACCGUUGGACCUCAAAAUACAUACCUACCGCUUUCAUCUCGAGAUUUAGAUAAUUCAGCAAAUACGUACAAGCCUCGUGACCUUAACAAAAUAGUGAAGCCACAGACCGGAUUCGGAUAUAUCCCGAUCACUUUUAACAAUGCGUCAACAAAGUAUUCUACCGCAGUUCAAUCUCCAUUCCUCAACGCAAACGUCAAAGUGACCGAUGUAUAUAGGACCAAGCCUGACGUACUCGGAACUGGUUUCUAUGUUACGAAAAAAUCUGUUUUCAAUACUUCAUACCCUACAAGCCAAGCUUCUUAUGCAUUACAGACCACAACGCUCAAACCAAAGCCAUUCGAAAAGUCUCAACAAUCCAUUAUUCCUUUAAGUACGCCUGAUAAUUUUGAGUCGGUAACGAUACCAAGUUACAAAAUUUCUAGUGCCAGUCCAUUUAGACCUCAAAGAGAAAAUGGAUUCAGUCCUAGCUCAACAGUUCCAACACCUGUAGCAUCUACAACCGUCUCGAUAUAUGAUAACGUUGAUAGCAUGAUCAACGCAUUGGUGAAGUUUGCCGAAUCUAAAGAACCUGAUUAUUCAUCUGAAACGCCUAGACCUGGUUUGAGUGUUCCGCCAUCAGUUGGACCUCAAACCCUACACACUCUUGCAGCUUACUUCGCAAGCGCAUUAGACAGUAUAAUGAAAGAUAAGGAAAAUCUUACUCAAGAAGAGGUGAUUGAGAAAAAAGAGGAGUUGACCACUCUGCUGACAGAAAUGACGGUUCAUGGAUACAACCAUUUAUUCAAAAGAUCCAAUGAAACCAAUGACACUAGCACAACAUUGGCCCCUAAGGAAGAAGAAGUUAGUGAAAGCUCAAACAGUUUAGCAAAUACUCCUGAAAUCAGACAAUUGGCUAGGAAUUUUUCUAUAGCGUUGGCGUCUUACUUGAAUGAUCCCGAAAUGUUCAGGAAGGAUCUAGCCGAAUUGAGACCCAAAGAACCAGCAUUCUAUGAGGAAGGGACUGAACAUCCAACUGAUAAUGAGGAGUCUCCUACCGAUGAAGAAUUAUUGAAUUAUUCUGAUGCUGAUGGUAAAUCUAGUUAUCCUCCUAUACCAUCACCCUCCCCUACAUGGGGAUUCAUUCUCGCUACAAAGUCAAAUGACAUAGAUGUUAAAAACUCACUAACCGGUGAUCUGAAUACAGCAGAUUCUCAAUCUUUCAUUCCUAGUUACAAUCAUCUGAACCAAGAUGAAAAGGCUAAAGACCAAAAUGACAAAAGAUAUUUACCGGAGGGUCACUGGACAACAUCCCCAACGGUCGCCAAACUUUGGAGCAGUACCUUCGGAGUUAAUCCAAUAGUGGUCAAUGAUCAGUUUGAAACUACGGUGGCUCCAGAAGAAGCUGAUGAUGUAGUAGAAGACUUUAGCUCGCCAGAAAAACUACCAGGUCUGACUGAACCUCAAGAUGAGAUCAAAUACGAGCUAAGAACACUACCUAAAAUAUCCUUAAACUCUACUCAAAUCCAUGGAAUCCUCAUUGAUUUCAUGAAUACUAGCAGCUCUGACUCAAGUAGACUACAUAGGCUGCUUAGAAAGCUCAAUACUACAGAAACCGAGUUUCUGAAUAAAAUGAAAGAAAUUGAGUCAAACCCACUUAGCAAGCGACUAAUUUUGCUGCUUAUAAGCGAGUGUGGUGUAAAGGCAACGAAAGAUAUUCAUAAUAAUCAUUCUGACGAAAACUUGAAAGUCUCUGAGACAAGCUAUGCAGGUAGCACAGCCCCCAGUGUGGAAGGUCUGACUCUCGAUACACCAAGGCAGAACAAUAGCCCCAUACCCAAUUUUGUGAAUGAAAACUUGAGCGAAGACGAUCAAGACGUUAGAGCAUUACAAUUACUCAACGCUUUGUAUGGUAUUGCUUCUAGGUUUGGUAAAUAACCGAAAGGAAUUUGGGACUGAUAGAAUCACAUAUGCAUAUUCCGGUUCUCAUCCACCAUCACGGUGUAGAAGGCUGAUGGAAUUUUGUAUAGAUGAAUGUCCGAUUAACUCAAGUGAAUAGGGUUGCCAUAUCAACCUUCAGUGCGUAAAAUCGAAAGGAUUUGUCAGUAGUCAAAAAAUAUGAGCCGCAAGAUUUUCCACAGAAGCUUUAUUUCGUAAAGAUUGAGCGCUUAUGAUCUUUCUUCUUCAGCUCUAUAAUUUGGAACCCAGAACAGCUAACUAGACUUCAGAUUUUCAGAAAAAUGUGUUUGAAAGUUUCUUAAACAUCAUAGAAGCUAGUGGCGUGCUUAUCAAUUGAACUGUUAAAUACUCAGAUAAAUUUUACUUGCACUGCCCCUGAAGAAUGGAAGCGAAUAUAAUGAAUUUGCCAAAACUGCACUAAAAAUGUUUAUAAGUAUUAAAAAAAAUUUGAAAAGCAAGUCGUUUUACUUUCAAAAUUAAUAUAUAGAUGUUUUUAUAUAUAUUUUAAACAUAUUCCAUUAUAAAUCUUAAAAGCCUAUUCAGAUUUCCUGGAUUCCGAAGUGUUCUUCUUUUUACAUACCUCCACCUAAAAUCAUACACUGAAUGACAAAAAUAGGUAAACAUCUAGUUAGGUAUGUUUAUCCGAUUUUAAUAAUUUUUGGCAUAUAUAUGUUCAGUGUCCCUUACUAGUAGAAUGAUUUAAUUUUCAGCUUGAUUCAGCCUGGGCAUCGUGCUGAUAAGAUGGUCGAUAUCCUGUUGGAGUAUCUCAUUCCAGGCAACUGCAACUUCGUGAGUACGAGCUGCUACAGUAUGUGGAGGGUAUUGCAAAUUCAAAAGCCUGUGACCUUUCAUGUCCCAGACAUGUUCAAUUGGAGAUAGAUCAGGUGAUCGUGGUGGCCGAGGUAAACGGUUGAUGCGAUGUUGAUCCAUGAAGGCUAACGAUGUUCUAACAACAUGCGGUCUGGCAUUGUCUUGUUGAAAAAUCGGGUUUUGGAUGCUGUUUAGGUAUGGAAUAAGAUGAGGCUCCACAACUUCCUGAAUAUAUCAUCAGGCUGCCAUAUUGCCUCUGAUGAAAAUUAGUGGUGAUCUGCUACCAUAAGCAAUAGCACCCCAUACCAUAACUCCCACGGUGUGGUUAACGCCCUCUGUCAAAUUGUCUUGCCCAACCAUCGUGCAUCCCCAGACAGAAGCGGGAUUCGUCAUUAAAGACCACCUGGUUCCAUUCCCGGUCCCCCCAUUUUUUCUCUACGCCAGAGCAAACGCUUACGCCGAUGUUCAGCUGCGAGAGGUAGCAGCUAAUGUGGGCGAUAAGAAAAAAGGCCAAACUGUCGUAUUCGACGAUAUACUCUCUCAAAGCCAGAAGUCUUAACCGGCGGUCUUGUCGCUCUGUGGUCCCUCUGCGACGUCCAGAACCCCUCGCUCGCUGUCCUCGUCCUUCCUGAGUCCACGCUCGUUCACACUGCAAUAAUACUGCGUAAGGAUCUGUUGGUCCUCCUAGAAACUUCUCUUAUCGAUAGACCGGCUUCACGCAAUCUGACCUCUCUCAAAGUCACUUAGCUGGGACACCCGGCAAAUUUUACGUACACUACGCAUUUUAAGCAAUCACAAAAAGGCUUCCUCAAUAAGCUACACGAAAUUUAACAAUCAACUGACACCGUAAAUGUACAAAAACUGAAUGCUUCUUUAUCACCAAACCCCAAAAACUUAACAGAAAAACCUAACCAUGUUAUCACUUGUUAUUCAUGACAAGAUAAAUCGAUAUAUAAAAAAAUUCUUGAAUUCUAAUAAACAUACGUAGGUGUUUAUCUUUUUUUGUCACUCAGUAUAUGUAUUGUAUCUAGAACGCCAUCUUUUCUGAUGUGUCAGUAUUCUCACCAAUUCUACAUUAUUACAAAUUUAUUUAUUUUAAAUUUAUAUUAUUUCCAAAUUAUAAUUCUUUAACGUCUGUUGUGAAUCAAAUAACCUAAAACGUCAGUAGAAUUUAUUCUGUAAGCAAUACGUAGCUUCAUUUAUCGUUUUUGGAUAAAUCUACUUUUCGUUUUUUGUGUAUGUAGAUAUCAUUCAAUAAAAUAGCACGUGUUCAUUUCACUCGAUUUACUUACAACAUUCCAACUUUUGUCAGUGUGCCUUUCGUAUUUGAUAGAGGAAUGAGUGAUAUUAGUUUACUAUAUACAUAUGUUGUGGGUGUAUGGAGCUUUUUUAUUUUUAGCCUAAUUGUUAAUUUAUUUUAUGUUGUAUAGGCGUAUAUACUUGUAUGCAUUUUUUUGCAAAUACAUUUAGCAUCCUCAAUCCUAAACUAUAGAUUUUUAAAGAGUGUAGUCGAAAACAAGUGUCUUUUUGUAUGGACUAGCCCAUACUAGCAGGCUUCGAGGAAAACAAACGUAUCUAGCAUUAUUCUUUAGAUAUACACAAAAUUCACUACGCAAGUUUCCGUUUCCAAACGCUUUAUCUUGAUAACUUAAAAAAGUUAUGAGUAAGAUGUAAGCUAGCAACAUGAAGUCUGCAAGUGAUUUUAACACUUCGAUGCUUAUUUUAUCAUUGAUUUUGAUUUCUUGAAUUUUUAAAUGCCCCAUAUACUGGUAUCUAUUACCCCAAAAAUUUUAGGUAUAUUAUGUUAGUCCCAGACCUGGGUUUUUAGGCUUUUAGCAAAUCUUUUUUGUCUAAUGGUGAAUAUAUUAAUUUAUUUGUAUUAGUCACAGCAUUGAGUCCACCAUUCACACUCUCUUCGAAUGGCCUGACAUGAGUACAAUUAUUCAAACUUAUCAGUUAGCCACUUCAAAGAGCAGUAAUUUGUAAAGGAAAAAAAUUGUCAAGUUAUUCAUUCUAGUGUUGCCAUUAUUAGUAUGAGGUGUCAAGGUAUUUAAGAAGACAUGAUGGUGUUUUCGUAAGAAGCCUCGAUACAUACGAAACUUGUCAGUUGAAAAGACAACUGACUAUGUAAUAUAUAAUGCCAAUCGAUACCAAUCCUGGAAUGGAUAUUUUGCAAGUAAUUUUAAAAUAUUAUUUCUGAGUUCGUGAAUUUUGCCUUCAAAAAGAGAGUAUAAUAAGCACCUUAAUAAUAGUUGGACUAUAUCCAUAUUUUGUAGUAUUAAUGUUUUAGGUUAUACCGGAAUAUUUAAUGCUCAUGUAAAUAUACACAAAAUGCUUUGUAAAUAAUUAUUAUAUUUAAUAUAUUUAAUGUAGAUCGAUUUGAUACCAUACAACUCAUCUUUAUGGAUGAAAAGAUGUGUUUGUAAGGGUUAUCUAAUAUUUAAAAUCUGUUUGCAUAGCGAGGUUCCAGAUAUGGAAUUAUUAAACAAGCCUGUUUUUCACUGGGACCCCGAAAUGUAAAGGUACCUCUAACAUUAUGAAAUGUAAAUAUAUAUUGAUAAAUCUUUGUAUAGCUCUAGGAAAAUAUCCUAAUAGAGAUGUAUUUUUCCAUAUAAA